GAGUGCGCGCGCGCUGCUGGGAUCUGACAGCACGCCGGGGCUGCGUUUCCUGAGAAAAAGCUGCGCUCUCUCUCAGUUUCCUGCCCGUCUUAUUGCCGCUCUCAUUGUCUUUGUCGACAGUGAUAAAGAGAGCAGUUCAGACAGGGGCCUGUGUUUUGGAAUAAGAAAAGCAUUGCUGUUUUCUGACUUUGAGGGAAGAAAGAAGGGACUCCUCUGGAAUUUCCUAAGGAAUUUAAUCGGACAGCCCCGGUUACCGGGGCUUUGCAUUCCGCGCCUGGGUUUAUAAUGUGACCAACUAUUCCACACUAGGGGAAUUCUGAGGAGUUCUGUUCUUUCAUCACUCGGGUCCGAGGCAGCAAUCGCAGCUGAUUAUUCCAAACGGGUGGGGGCAAACGGGGGGCAUUGGCUUCACUGGUGUGUCGGCGAGGUGAACCUGCGGCGUUAAGCAGCAUGUUGGCACCUGCAUGAACCCAACACCGGAGCCUCAGUUCUUUGUUCUCUUUCCUGAGACGUCAACCACAGGAUGAGGCCUGCGGCAGGUCUCAGGAGAGAGAAUGUUCCAUGACUUUCACACCUUCGACCUCAAGCUCUUGAACUCUUGGAAAGGUUGCUUGAGUGCUGAAAGGCUGUGAAUACCCUGCAUCUGAGAAAUCAGACCAGACUGACUCACAGGGCUCUGUGAGCCAGUGCCACUGAGGCUGCCAAAGCAUGCUGGUGCCAAGCUGUCCCACCAUGCACAGAGCCAGACCCACGCUGCUGCUGCCGCUGCUGCUUGUCCUGGGUCUGCUCCUCCACCUCGCCGACGCUCAAACACCACCAAAGUUUUUAAGAACCCCCAAUGACCAAACAGGCGUGCAGGGAGGCGUGGCAUCCUUCAUCUGCCAAGCGACAGGAGAUCCACGGCCGAAGAUCGUGUGGAACAAGAAGGGGAAGAAAGUCAGCAACCAGAGAUUUGAGGUAGUGAUAGAGUUCGACGACGGCUCUGGCUCAGUGCUAAGAAUUCAGCCAUUGCGCACGCCACGAGACGAAGCCAUAUAUGAAUGCGUCGCCUCCAACAGUGUUGGAGAGACGAGCGCUACCACCAGACUCACUGUUUUACGUGAGGACCAGCUGCCCAUUGGUUUCCCCACCAUAGACAUGGGCCCGCAGCUGAAAGUGGUGGAGCGAACGCGCACUGCCACCAUGCUCUGUGCUGCCAGCGGCAAGCCCGACCCCGACAUCUCCUGGUUCAAAGACUUCCUCCCCGUCAACACCACCAACAACAACGGACGCAUUAAGCAGCUCAGAUCAGAAUCCUUUGGUGGUACACCAAUAAGAGGAGCCCUCCAGAUAGAGCAGAGCGAAGAGUCUGACCAGGGGAAGUAUGAAUGCGUGGCGACCAACAACGAUGGGACGCGCUACUCCGCCCCGGCGAAUCUCUACGUCAGAGAGCUGCGAGAAGUACGUCGGGUGCCACCUCGGUUCUCCAUUCCACCUACAGACAAUGAGAUCAUGCCAGGCGGCAGUGUCAAUAUCACGUGCGUGGCGGUGGGCUCCCCCAUGCCAUAUGUCAAGUGGAUGCUGGGCGCCGAAGAUCUCACCCCGGAGGACGACAUGCCCAUUGGAAGAAACGUCUUGGAGCUCACAGACGUCCGGCAGUCGGCCAACUACACCUGCGUGGCCAUGUCAACCCUUGGGGUGAUAGAGGCUGUGGCUCAGAUAACAGUGAAAGCAUUGCCCAAAGCUCCUGGCGUUCCUGUAGUGACAGAGCGCACUGCCACCAGCAUAACACUGACUUGGGACUCUGGUAACCCGGAACCAGUGUCCUACUAUAUCAUCCAACACAAGUCCAAGUAUUCGGAGGACUUGUACAAGGAGAUCGACGGCGUAGCCACCACCCGCUACAGCGUCGGGGGCCUCAGCCCAUACUCUGACUACGAGUUCCGGGUGGUGGCGGUAAACAACAUUGGACGCGGGCCACCAAGCGAGAGCAUCGAGGCCAAGACGGCCGAGCAGGCACCCAGCACAGCGCCGAGGCAGGUCCGAGGUCACAUGAUGAGCGCCACCACGGCCGUCAUACAGUGGGACGAGCCAGAGGAGGCGAACGGACAGAUAAUGGGCUACAGAGUCUAUUACACCAUGGAUUCUACCCAGUACGUCAACCUCUGGGAGAAACAGAUCGUUCGGGGCUCGAACUUUGUCACCAUCCAAGGCCUCAUCCCGAACAAGACUUACUACAUCAAGGUUUUGGCGUACACGUCAGUUGGUGAUGGACCUUUAUCUCCAGACCUUCAGAUCAUUGCCAAGACCGGAGUUCCCUCCCAACCCACCGACUUCAAAGGAGAGGCGAAGUCAGAAACAAGCAUUUUACUUUCAUGGAUCGCGCCUGCACAGACGGGACAAGAAAACCAAGUCACAGGAUAUGAACUUAUGUACAGAAAAAGAGAUGACAGGGAGGAGAAACGUAUCAGCUUCGAGCCGACGACGACAUACCUGCUGAAAGACUUGAAGCCCUUCACUACUUACACUUUUCGACUGGCUGCCCGUAGCAAACACGGAGUCGGAGCUUACACCAGUGAGAUCUCGGCAGAAACUCCACAGACACAACCCUCGGGCCCGCCUCAGGAAAUCAAGUGCUCUAGCCCCACCUCCACCACCAUCCUGGUAAGUUGGCGGCCCCCACCAGUGGAGUUACAAAACGGGAUCAUAACGCAGUACGCCAUCCACUAUGCUGCCACUGAAGGCGAGGACACUGCUGCUCGGCAAAUCACCAACAUCUCCCCGGAAAACACGGAAUACCUUUUGGAAAACUUGGAAAAAUGGACAGAGUACAGUGUGAUGGUCAGUGCUCACACGGAUGUUGGAGCAGGACCGGAGAGCCUGCCGCAGCUCAUCCGCACAGAGGAGGAUGUUCCUAGCGGGCCACCUCGUAAAGUUGAGGUGGAGGCUGUCAACUCCUCAUCAAUUAAAGUGAUCUGGCGCUCACCGAUGCCCACCAAGCAGCACGGUCAGAUCCGAGGGUACCAGGUGCACUAUGUCAGGAUGGUUAAUGGGGAGCCCACGGGACAGCCAGUCAUCAAGGACAUCCUGAUUGAUGAUGCCCAGUGGGAAUAUGAUGAUUCAACCGAACAUGAAAUGAUCAUCACAGAGCUGCAGGCUGAGACCACCUACUCGGUUACCGUGGCAGCCUACACGACAAAGGGCGACGGCGCACGCAGCAAGCCCAAACUGAUCACCACCACUGGCGCAGUUCCCGAUAAGCCUCGUCUGAUGGUUAGUCCGACCAACAUGGGCACCGCUCUUCUCCAGUGGCAUCCCCCAGCAGUAACCCACGGACCCCUGCAAGGCUACCGCCUCCGCUUUGGCCGCAAAGAUGUGGAUCCCCUGACCGUCAUUGAGUUCCCCGAGCGAGAGAACCACUACACAACCAAAGAGAUCCAUAAGGGAGCCUCAUACACGUUCCGUCUUUCGGCGCGCAACAAGGUGGGCUUCGGCGAAGAGACGGUCAAGGAAGUGACCACAAACGAGGAAGUUCCCAGCGGCUACCCUCAGAGCAUUACGGCCGAGGGCGCCACCACCUCCACCAUUCAGGUCAGCUGGCAGCCUGUACUGCUGGCAGAGCGAAACGGCCAAAUAGUGAAAUACGCUCUGCAGUAUAAGGACAUCAACAGUCCACGCAGCCCCUCAGAACUCUUCAUCACGGCCCCGGAAUCAACAGUCGUCCUGGACGGCCUUAGGGCCGAUACCACUUAUGAUAUUAAAAUGUGUGCCUUCACCAGCCAGGGCUCAGGCCCCUAUAGCCCAAGUGUUCAGUUCAGGACACAGCCUGUGGAUCAAGCAGUGUUUGCAAAAAAUUUUCAUGUGAAAGCUGCCAUGAAGUCAUCCGUGCUGCUGACGUGGGAAAUCCCGGAAACUUACAACCCUGCACAGCCCUUCACUAUCCUCUACGACAACGGACAGAGCGUGGAAGUGGACGGGAAGCUAACGCAGAAGCUAAUCACAGGUCUACAACCUGGGACCCAGUACUCCUUCCUCUUGACCAAUCGCGGUAACAGUGCCGGAGGUCUUCAGCACCGCGUGUCCACGACGACGGCCCCGGACAUCCUGCGCACCAAACCGUACCUGAUUGGCAAGACCAACUCGGACGGCAUGGUGACCGUCGAGCUGCCAACAGUGGAGACACCCGAGAGAGUACGGGGAUAUUAUAUUGUGGUUGUCCCUCUGAAAAAGCAGCGCACGGGCAAGUUUUUCAAACCCUGGGACAACCCUGAUGAGAUGAAUCUGGAGGAGCUGCUGAAGGAGAUAAACCGAACGAGCAGAGGCCUUCGGUUCCAGAGGCAGGCGGAACCCAAACCCUAUAUCGCUGCUUACUUCAAAGACCUGCGCAAAGAGUUCACCCUGGGAGAUGGCAAGAUCUAUGGGGACUUUGAAAACAAGCAACUCCAGAACGGCCAGGAAUACAUCUUCUUUGUGCUGGCUGUCCUGGAGAUGUCUGAAAAUAUCAUGUAUGCCACCAGUCCGUACUCCGACCCGGUCGUUUCGGCCGACAUCGAUCCCCAGCCAAUCAUCGACGAGGAGGAAGGCCUGAUCUGGGUGGUGGGCCCCGUGCUCGCCGUCGUCUUCAUCAUAUGCAUCGUCAUCGCUAUCCUUCUGUACAAGAGCAAACCUGACAGAAAAAGAGCAGAAUCUGAAGCUAGGAAAGGUAGUCUCCCCAACAGUAAGGAGAUGCCGCUCCAUCACCCCACCGACCCCGUCGAGCUGCGCCGUCUCAACUUCCAGACACCCGGUAUGGCGAGUCACCCUCCCAUCCCCAUCAUGGACUUGGCGGAUCAUCUGGAGCGCCUGAAAGCCAACGACAACCUCAAGUUUUCGCAGGAGUACGAGUCCAUCGACCCUGGUCAGCAGUUCACAUGGGAGCACUCCAACCUGGAGGUGAACAAACCAAAGAACAGAUAUGCCAACGUGAUUGCCUACGACCACUCCAGAGUCCUCCUCUCCGCUAUCGACGGCAUCCCUGGAAGCGACUACAUCAACGCCAACUACAUAGAUGGCUACAGGAAGCAGAACGCCUACAUCGCCACGCAAGGAUCUCUGCCAGAGACGUUUGGAGAGUUCUGGAGGAUGAUCUGGGAGCAGAGGAGCGCCAUCAUUGUCAUGAUGACCAAACUGGAGGAGCGGUCCAGAGUGAAAUGUGAUCAGUACUGGCCUACGAGAGGGACGGAGACUUACGGCCUCAUCCAGGUGACACUGCUGGACACAGUGGAGCUGGCCACGUACUGCGUCAGGACGUUCGCACUUUUUAAAAACGGCUCCAGCGAGAAACGAGAGGUGAGGCAGUUCCAGUUCACAGCGUGGCCGGACCACGGGGUACCCGAGCACCCCACCCCGUUCCUGGCCUUCCUCAGACGGGUCAAGGCCUGCAAUCCUCCAGACGCAGGACCCAUGGUGGUGCACUGCAGUGCUGGGGUGGGACGCACGGGCUGCUUCAUCGUGAUUGACGCCAUGCUGGAGCGGAUCAAGCACGAGAAGACGGCCGACAUCUACGGGCACGUGACGCUAAUGCGUGCCCAGCGCAACUACAUGGUGCAGACGGAGGACCAGUACGUCUUCAUACACGACGCGCUCCUGGAGGCCGUCAACUGCGGCACCACCGAAGUGCCAGCCAGAAACCUAUACGCCUACAUCCAGAAACUGACCCAAAUAGAGGGUGGAGAGAAUGUCACGGGCAUGGAGCUUGAGUUCAAGCGUUUAGCUAACACUAAAGCCCAUACGUCACGAUUCAUCAGUGCCAAUCUCCCCUGCAACAAGUUCAAGAACCGCCUUGUUAACAUAAUGCCAUACGAGUCCACACGAGUGUGUCUUCAGCCCAUUCGAGGAGUUGAGGGCUCUGAUUACAUCAAUGCCAGUUUCAUUGAUGGAUACAGGCAACAAAAAGCUUAUAUUGCAACACAGGGACCACUGGCAGAGACCACGGAGGACUUCUGGAGAAUGCUCUGGGAGCAUAACUCCACUAUUGUCGUGAUGCUCACCAAGCUCAGAGAAAUGGGCAGGGAAAAAUGCCACCAGUACUGGCCUGCAGAGAGGUCGGCCAGAUACCAGUACUUUGUGGUGGACCCCAUGGCCGAGUAUAACAUGCCCCAGUAUAUCCUGCGCGAGUUCAAAGUGACUGACGCCAGGGACGGACAGUCACGGACAGUAAGGCAGUUUCAGUUCACGGACUGGCCUGAGCAAGGAGUGCCAAAAUCAGGAGAGGGUUUCAUCGACUUCAUCGGCCAAGUUCAUAAAACAAAAGAGCAGUUCGGCCAAGAUGGUCCGAUCUCGGUCCAUUGUAGCGCGGGUGUUGGCAGAACUGGCGUUUUCAUCACCCUCAGCAUCGUCUUGGAACGAAUGAGAUACGAAGGCGUAGUAGACAUCUUUCAGACAGUGAAAAUGUUACGGACACAAAGACCGGCGAUGGUGCAGACAGAGGAUCAAUACCAGUUCUGCUACAGAGCUGGCUUGGAGUACUUGGGAAGCUUUGAUCACUAUGCAACGUAAAAGACCCAGUAUUGGAAGAUAAAAGCAGAGGGCCGUUUGGAAAAAGAAAUCCCAGUGAGCCUCUCUUCUGAGCCAUAAAUUCCUGCUUGAGAAAGUACUCCUUAACUCCUUGCUAACAACUCAUUAAGUGUUGGAUGUGUGACAUGACUCGUCAAAAAAUGAAAAAGAUGAUUCCCGGAGGACCAAGUAUUUCCCAACCCCAAUGAAACCUUGCCUUGACGCAAAGCGCGAGGGAAUCCUGACUGUUGAAGCAUCGUACGGAAUUACGUUUUCUUCUGCUUCAAGGAUUCAUUUUUUUGGGGCUCAUAAAACUGAAUGAAAACCAACACAACAAAAAAAAGUAAAUGAACAAUAAAUGACAUCGUCUGAAAUGCAUCAGUGAUUAUGAACCAUUACGAGAGGUAUCGGAGGCACACAGAAUUGCGGGGGAAUACAAAAAAAAAUAAUAAAAGAGAGAGAAAAAAAAAAACUCAAUGCACAUUGUAAAGAAGAAAAAAAAAAUCUGUUUCACAAUCAAGUACACACAGACAACCCAUCGCAAAAGAAGAAGACAAUGCUUGGUCCACAAGAGCAGGACAGACUUAAAGUAAUAAUGAAUAAAUACCCCUUCUGUCACAAUGUCCAUCAUCUAAAUUUUGGGGGGAAAAGGGGAGAGUUCAAAUGAUCUAUUAAAUAAAUGAAAAUUAUUGAUUUAGUUUUUUAGUACUUUAUUAUACAGCUGAUGUGCUUUUUUUGAACUGUGUGAAUUUCCUUUUUUUACACAAACUUAUCGCUUGGGAAAAAAGUGAUAAAAUGUAUUUACGUAAAUGUUCCUUUUUUUUUUAAAGAAAAAAAAAGCUGUAGAACUGUUCUAACGUAUGUACUAUUUUGCAGAGAAACUUCUUAAUUUCAUUUAAUUUCAUUUUUUUUUCCCCCUCUCAUUUUGUUGCAGUCUGUGCACAGAACAGAAUCCACACUACCAAAAUGUUCACCAGAAAUAUUUUUGCUUUAGAUUUUUUUUUUUUUUUUUCCCCUUUUGUUUCUGUCCAUGACCACACACACGGUAACCUAAUUACUCCCGUAAGAUAAAACUGGGGCUUUGUGGAAUCAACAGGGAUGAGCAAAGUAUGAAGUUUGCUGCUACCGAUUAUCUUAGUUCUUCCAUGUUACUAUGAUGAUAAGAAAGAACCUGAUGAAUUAGUAAGAUAUAUGAAUAUAUAUACAUAUAUAGAUACAUAUAUAAAGGUACAUAUUGUUAAAUAUUGUGAAAUAUAUAUUGAAGUAUACAUUCAACAUUCUAAAUAUAUUGAUAACAUGCAGAAUUUAUAAAGGAGAAAUGAAACAUGGUUUGUCUAUGAAAGCUUUCAAAAUUCAGAGUUGUGUGCUAUAUGGGGGAAAUGAAGAGAUUUUUCACUGGAAUGCACAUCAGUAGGACAAAACUGUAUCCUGAUUCAGUGCAUCUUUUCUUGUGCAAUAAAUAUGUGUGUUUUUAGAUAGGGUUUUUUUAUGUGGAUAUGUUAUUCAUCCGUGACGCUGCCGUCGUCUCCCCGCCCCUUCGCUCCCUCCUCCGCCCACCGAGCGAGGUGGGGAGAGUGUUGGCGAGGCGGCGGUGGUGGGGGUUUCACACGUCAGUCAAAGCAACUCUGGUGCCCCACUCGAUUCCCCCCCCCCCCCCUCGCCCAUUUGUGUUUUUAUUUUUUUUCUUUAAACUCACACGCAGUCUGUAAUUAGGAGGCAGAGGAGUCACGCAGCCGCACUCACCGCUCCACGCAAUAGGGCAAAGGUACAAAGACGUCACUUAACUUGUGGUUCUUUGAAGGGUUCAGUGGUAAA